AUGGCGACGCUUUCGACAAUAACACUGUCCCUACCAACGCUACUUUUAGCUUUUCUAUUUAUCAACUCGGCUUUUUCAGCACGGAUUGCAGGGUUUCAUGCUAUAGGAGGAUCACAGUACAUUAACACGAGGAACGUUUUAGAGGAACUGGCCUCAAGGGGACACGAGGUUGUACUGGUUGUUGCAUCAUCUUUUAAAAAAUUCAAACCAAGUGAGAAAGUGCCACACAAGAUUUACCAAGUGCCAUAUGAACCAGGCUUCAUGGAGAAAACUAUGUUACCACUUGAACUGGAGGGGAAAAUGCUAGAGCUGAUGUUCAAAAUGAAAGAUGUCUUCCAAGUUAUGUGUGAAAGUGCCUUAACUUCUGCUGAAGUUCUGAAAGAGCUACAGGAUUGUGACCUCCUCAUUUAUGAUACUACCUCUUUCUGUGCAGCAUUACUUGGUGAACGCCACAACAUCCCCCUUGUUGAGUUGUUGCCCCUGUCUCCAAAUGGCCCAGCUGCUUCUUUUCACAUGAUACCCAUGCCACUUUCUUAUGUUCCUGUUCUGUUAACCAGAUUUACCGAUAAAAUGACUUUCAUGGAACGUGUGACAAAUUUGGCAUAUUACUUUGGUCAGAAACUAUUUAUCAGCAUGGCAAUUAACAAGCCAAUGAAUGCUCUUAAACUCAAGUACAACAUAGUAGUUGAAAGGAGCUUUGAAGAAGCCAUUGCCAAUGUAGAACUGCUGUUGAUACUAGCAGAUUUUGCGCUGGAAUAUCCCCAACCUCUGUUACCAGGCCAAAUCAUGAUUGGGCCACUGAAUGUGAAAGAUGCUCAACCUCUCCCCUCUGAUUUAGAAGAAUUUAUCAGCAAUUCAGGAGAUAAUGGUUUUAUCAUUUGUUCCUUUGGUUCAAUGGUGGCAUCAAACCUUCAAAGGGAGAAAGUAGACAUGUUAGCUGCAGCGUUUGGAAAACUGAAACAAAGAGUUGUUUGGAGAAUUAAAGGUUACAUCCCAUCUGAUCUCAGCUCAAAUGUCAAAGCUAUGGACUGGUUACCCCAGAAUGAUCUUCUGGCUCACAAGGACAUCAAAGCUUUUGUCUCCCAUGUGGGACACAACAGUCUUUACGAGUCUGCAUAUCAUGGAGUUCCAUUAGUGGCAUUUCCACUGGGUGGAGACCAGGAUAGUAAUGCUAAGAAAGCAGAGCAUUUAGGCAUUGGUUUAAUUGUGGAUCAUAAGAGCAACAAUGAUGUGAAGCUGUUUGAAACAAUUGAGAAAGUUAUCAAUGAAUCACGAUUUAAAGAAAAAGCAAAGCACAUUUCUGGUUUGUUGAGGGAUCGUUCACAAACACCUCUUCAAGAAGCUUGCAACUGGAUAGAAUACACACUCAGACAUGGCGGAGCUAAGCACCUCAAAGCCCAAGUGUUUAAGGUCCCCUGGUAUCAGUAUUAUUUACUUGAUGUUAUUGCCUUCCUGUUAGCAGUAGCAACUGUUACUGUCAUUGUGAUACGAUUAAUAUGUAGAUUUUUAUGCCGCAUGUGUUGUAAAAAGGGUGAUGGUAAAACUAAGAAGGAUUAAUUUUACUAUCUUGUUAGUAAUCCUCUCCACUCACAUCUUAAGAUAAUCACCCUUUCUCACACAGCCCCUUCACCCUCACCAACACAACAGGCACAUCAUUACCAAAGGCAGAGCAAACCAUUAAGGUCUCUCUGCCAUGCAAGUAAAACACAUAUGUAAUUGCCAACUUGUUACGCACGGCUAAUGGUGCUUUUGCAAGUACCUGUGUACUGCUAAAGCUAAGAAAAGGUCACAAAUAAACAGAAAUGCUAAGCAGUUUAUUUCCAAACAUUGGAAAAGCUCAGACACUGUGUACAUUUUACAAGACCCUGAAUCUUAAAUAUUGAAAUACCUUACAGAACUACUUCUGCUACUGUGUUUAAUAUGCAAAUACAUCUAUAUAUCAAAGUGUUUCUUCUUACAGUGAACAAACAUAUGGUUGAUAGUUUGACCAGGCAAUAACAAUCAAUCAUGUAGUGUGAUUAAGCAAGUAAUCACAUAACAUGACAGACAAUAUGCAAUCCCCCCAAAAAUGAAAGUGAUCUC